AUCGAUUCUAACAUACUUGUAAAUAUAUAUAAUCCAGCCAUUGCGUUACAGAACGGUCUCCAUCAGGAUGACAUCCGAACCUGCCAUGGCACAUCAACACGCGCCCACGGAGCUAGAAAUAGAAAUUGCGCUACUAGGCUGUCUGGGCGAAGCAAGACCCCUUGGCCGGCACAAGCAUUUCCUCAUCAUACGGCUACAGGGUGCUAUACACAGGCGCCUCGGAAUAUGGCUGACUGUGGAUUCGCUGUGGGAAAGACUGGACGAACUGUAUGACCUGGAAAGCCUGGACGAGCUGGCAUCAGAGGCAUCAAAUUCACAACCUCCAUCUCCAAUAAGUCUUUCGCCUCGUGACCCCUCGCCAACCCGAUUCUCUUCAAACUCCCCCCUCUCCGAUAUCUCUUCUCCAUCACACCCUGCACCUCAGGGCAAGAACAGAAAAGUUCCAAUUUCCAAAUCCGCCCGAGUGCUCAACUCUCGCCAUUUCAAGCACGUCUUCGACCUGCCAUACUUUCGGAUAAAACAAAGACAUGAAAGUGAAGAAGGGACAACGGACGAGGAGGAAGAAGAGAAAGAUGGUGAGGCAGAUGGCAAAGAAGACGAUAGCGAGGAAGAGUCUGAUGACGGGGUUUUUGAGUUUGAGCUGGAUGGGCAGGAUGAGAUGGCAUGGGAAGGGAUCAUAUAUCCGAGAGCUAUCGCUCUUGAUGGGACGGAUGAGCCGUGGGGCGGGGUAUUUUCGGACGAAAAUGUGAGCUCCCCUUCUGAAGAUGGGGAAGAGAAUGCCGGGAGGAACGGAGUCAGUCGGUCGCGGACGAUGGGGCCAACAAAACGAAGAAGAGGUAGUACGGUAUCAAUAGCGGAAAGAAAGAAGAGAAAGAAUAGGGACUCGCUUGCGAUCGAGGGAAGAAGAGGAGGAGGAGGAGGAGGAACUCGAGAGGCCGUCGAGAGAACGGGGCAAGACAGCGGAAAAGGGAAGAUCUAGAAGGAGAAGAUGAUUUGAGGCCUAUCAUAGGUUUAGUUGUACUUGAACACCUACCCACUUGGGUGUAUGUAGCAGUAAAGAAUUGAGGCGUUUUGAUCCUGUCGGCGGCGGGCUUUCAUGUAUCUGUUGUUGUCGACCAUGCAUGCAAUCUAAAC